AUUAACGGGACACGUUUCGCAUUUCACUAUCAAUGGUCUCGGUCUUCAAGGUUAAGUCUAUUCCUGCGAGUUUUCGCCGAGUUUGGUGCGUAGCUUGGUCACACAAGGGAGAUAUUCUUGCUUCGUGCGGUGAAGACCGUUCAAUUUCUCUAUGGUCCGAAGCAGCUGACGGAUCUUGGAAUUCGUAUUGUGUAGCCCCCGGCAGUCACAAGCGUUCGAUCCGUCAUAUUAGCUGGUCUCCUUGUGACACCUACUUGGCUACUGCUAGUUUCGAUGGCACGGUCGUUAUUUGGAAGUGUCUUCGUGAUGACACUUCGGUGGAAUUGGAGGCACUGGCCACCUUGGAAGGUCACACAAGUGAAGUGAAGUGCGUCGCCUGGUCCGCUUCCGGGCACCUGUUGGCAUCUUGUGGUCGAGACAAGAGUGUCUGGUUUUGGGAGUUUGACGACGAGGAGGAUGUUCAGUGUGUCAGUGUUUUACAGCCCCAUAGUCAGGAUGUGAAAUCAGUGUCCUGGCAUCCUACGGAGGAGAUUCUGGUAUCAUGCAGCUAUGACAAUACCAUUAACCUUUACCGUGAGGAACUCGACGACUGGGUCGUUGUUGUCCAGUUGCAUGGCCAUACUUCUACGGUAUGGAAAGCCGAGUUUUCACCUAAAGGCAAUCUUUUGGCAAGUUGUAGCGAUGACCGGACAAUCAAACUGUGGUCUACGACAAAUGGGACCGACAAAUGUAAAAACUCCAACUGGUUUUGUUUGGCCACUUUAUCCGGGCACCACACUGAUACCAUCUUCGAUUUGUCUUGGUCACCAGAUGGCCAGAUGCUUGCCAGUGGAGGUGCCGACAACCGCCUGUGUAUCUUUCAGCUUCCGAGCGCCGAUUUGAUGAACGUGGCCGGGCGGCCUGAGUUUAUCGAUCCACCGGUACUCUGGGGUCAUGUUCCUGCGGCACACCCGGAAGACGUCAACAGUGUACAGUGGCGACCGCUUCCAGCCUCAAGGUGCUCAACAAACAUCCAUCUUUGUACUGCUGGAGAUGAUGGUGUGGUUAACUUCUGGUCCAUCCAUUCAGAUGGUUUGCGUAUGACAGAGGGUGAUCUUGACUGACUGUCGCUCUGUUAUGCAUUCCACGUCUUUCCAUAGUGCCAAUGACAACUAAAAUGUUGGUCAAUUUUUCGAAUAUUCCAUUUGGAAAUUUUGUACAAACUUUUUACAACAGAUUGAUUUCCCAUCACAUCAUGAUCAGUGUGUUUUUGAAACUGCCUCUGGCCUACUUUUCCUGAGACCUCUCUUAUCAAAUCGCACUUCGUCUGAAUUCGGCAACCGUUUGUUUUCAGCAACCAGGAAUGCUAGUCAGUGUGACUGCUCAUUUUUUUCCUUACGCUCACUGAUAAUUCAUCUUCUGAGUGCAUAAAGCCUAUGAUUACACCUG